AACCGAGACAGAGACCGCAAGAAGAAAGAAGAAUCCUUCUUUGUCUUGCAGCUGCUUCUUAUCUGGUCUGCAGAGAGAAACAUCUCUAACAUCUGGAAAACAAUGGAGAACAUGAAUGCAUCAUCAGUACCUGAGGCCGGUAAGCCCAGUCCAGCUGAGCUCAAGCAGAAGGACAGCAGACAGUUUAAAAGCAAAGCUCCCAAACCUGGACAGAAAAGCUUUGACAGCGCUCUGCCGGGGAUGGAGGGGCUGGACGAUGCUGCAGUGAUCUGCCCCUGGGAGGAGUUUGGUGACGUAGAGCUGAGUGAUCUGGCUCAGUUUGGAACCGCCUAGAUCCCAGUCAGAGCUGGAAAAGCAUCCAGGAGGAGAAGAACGGGGUCUAGGCUGCAGGAGUCGUUUCACUGACCGACCGCAGCAGUUGAGCUAUUGUUUGUUUUUUAUUCAUUUUUAUUUAUUUUUCAGCCAAACUGCAAGGUCAGAAACUCAUCUCACUCAGUCAUGUGAUCGUACGAUUUGAUUUUAAUUGAUGACAUAAAAUUUUACCAGAUUGUGUUGAAAUUACUUUAUUCUACUUUGAAAUCAAAUCUUCACCCAUGAUUAUCGUGUUAUAAUAAUAAUGGAUCCAAAGCUUUGCAAAUGUCUGUGUAAACAUGCAAAUUUGUACAAUAAAUCAGUUUUUUCAGUCA